AUGGUGCAAAAUGAUAUAAUCGAAAGUAAUCUUGGGCUGGAGGACGAGCAUUAUGCUGUCUCCCUUCAGGAACUAUCCGAUCGUUUGAGAAUCCAGCAAGAAGAAUUAUUCAAACAACAAAGAGACCUUCUAUCUCAGGAGGCAUUAAGGCACCCAUCCACUGGUUCAUCCAAUACUUUCAGCUUCACCCAGGGCCUAAUAUUGGGACAAUUGAGUGUAAUCUUGGUGGUCUCGAUUUUCAUCAAGUUCUUUGUGUUCCAGGACGCGUCCAACGUGUCGUCUACGUCAUCUGCUAAAGAUGCUACCGGAGUGUUGGUUAAACGUGAUAAAAAGAAUAAAACACCAGGAAUAGAAUCAGAGGACCAGGAUGACAUUGACUUACACGCUAGAAACAUCGCCACCAUCCUAGAAAAGACUUAUUAUAAUGUUGACAACCAUGCUUCCGAAAGUUUGGACUGGUUUAAUGUGUUGAUUGCCCAAACCAUUUCUCAAUUGAGAACAGAAGCAUUGAUAUCCGACAAUAUCUUCCAUUCGUUGAACGACUUUCUCACCAAACUGGAUUUCCCAGACUACUUGGACACGGUGAAAAUAACCGAGAUAGACAUCGGUGACGACUUUCCGAUUUUCUCUAAUUGCAGAAUUAAACAGAGUCAAGACGGAUCAGGCAGACUAGAGGCCAAAAUCGAUGUUGAUCUCUCUGAUACAAUCACCUUGGGGAUUGAAACCAGACUAUUGAUCAACCAUCCCAGGCCCAUGAUCGCGUCGUUGCCCAUCCAGCUUUCGGUCUCGCUUGUCAGGUUCAGUGGGUGUUUAGCUGUGUCUCUUUUCAAACCUUUGGUGACAUCACCGCUUAAGGGAACACUGAAUGGAUCUAAAAAGACCGAAAAGAAGGCUGAAAUAGAGUCGGGCACUGCUAUUCGGUUCUCUUUCUCGCCAGACUACAGGCUCGAGUUCAAUAUCAAGUCAUUGAUAGGAUCCAGAGCAAAAUUGCAAGACGUGCCCAAAAUUUCUUCUUUAAUCGAGGCUAGACUUAAACAGUGGUUCGUUGAACGUAGUGUAGAACCCCGUUUUCAGGUGAUUAGAAUCCCUUCCCUCUGGCCCCGAAGUAAGAAUACCCGAGAGGCAGUAGCGGAUAAAACUGACUAA